AUGGGGGUGAACAUACCUGGACUGAUUGCUAUGGUGAUUUUCUACCUGCUGGUUCUUGGGACGGGUAUCUGGGCUUCUUUGAAAUCCAGAAGGGAACAGAAGAAAAAUGCAGCAUCUGAAAUCGAGAUGACUCUCCUGGGGAACCGCGGCAUCGGCCUGGUGGUGGGCGUCUUCACCAUGACAGCCACUUGGGUUGGAGGAGGCUUCAUAGUGGCCAUAACUGAAAUGGUGUACACCCCCUCUAUGGGUCUGACCUCAGGCCUCAUUAUGUUAGCCGCCUACUCUGUCUCAUUUCUACUCUGUGGCUGUGUGUUUGCUGAACCUUUACGAGACCAAAAGUGCGUGACCAUGAUGGAUCCCUUCCACAGGAAGUACGGCAAAGGCUUCACAGCUGUCAUGUGUAUGGUCUCAGUUUUUAUGGACGUACUCUGGAUGGGUACAACACUUAUCGGUUUGGGUGCUACCAUCAGUGUGGUCCUGGACCUGUCCUACACUGUGAGCAUCUGGAUCUCUGCAGCUGUGGCCAUCACCUACACUCUGAUGGGAGGACUCUACUCUGUGGCGUACACCGACAUCAUCCAACUGACCCUUAUCUUCUUUGGUCUGGGGAUCUGUGUUCCCUUUGUGCUGAUUAACCCUUACUCUGUGAACAUUGGCGAAACACUGAUGAACAACACCCUGCACUCUCCCUGGAUCGGUGCACCAAACCCAACAAGAAUCUGGAUUAUGAUGGAUGAUUUUUUAUUUUUGGCAGUGGGAAGUGUAGCGUUCCAGGCCUUUCACCAGAGGACGCUGUCUGCUUCUUCAACCAGGUCAGCUAAGAUCACCUGCUCCAUUGCUGCUUUGGGAAUCCAGGUCUUUGGAAUAGCUCCCAUUCUGUUUGGCGCAGCUGCGGCAUCCACAGACUGGAACCAGACGUCGUACGGGUCUCCUUCUCCUUAUGAGCGAGGAGAAGGUGCUCGGGUGCUGCCCAUCAUGUUGCAGUUCCUCACUCCCUCUUACAUCUCCAUCAUUGGAAUCGGCUGUGUGGCCGCUGCUGUCAUGUCCUCUGCAGACUCAGCGCUGAUGUCGGCCUCUUCAGUCUUUUCAGUCAAUGUGUACAAGAACAUCAUAAGACCCCAGGCCUCAAACAGAGAGAUGCAGUGGGUGAUCCGGGCCUGUGUGUUUGUGGUCGGUGUCACUGGGACUGCUCUCACCACCUUGAGAAAUAGCACGUUACUGUUCUGGUUUCUGGCAGCUGAAGUGGCUUAUGUUGUAGUCUUCCCCCAGUUCUUCUGCGUCCUCUUCUUACAAAGGACCAACCUCUAUGGAGCUAUCGCGGGCUUGCUCCUCGGCUUUCCUUUCCGGCUGAUGUGUGGAGAUCCCUCACUAGGACUGCCUCCAGUACUACGUUUCCCAGGAUGCACUCUGGAGGGCGGGGUUUACGUCCAGUACUCUCCCAUUAAAACCAUCUCCAUGUUGUCUUCCUUGGCUACCAUUGUGUUCUUCUCCUAUUUGUUUUCUCAGCUCUUCAACCGAGGUCACCUUCCUGAGCGAUGGGACGUGUUCCAUGUGAAAGUUCAGACAUCACUGCAACCAGGACAAAAAAAUAAGGGCACCCACACAAGUGAUACAGAUAUGAAGAUGUCAAAAGCUGACUUUGAAAUGGAAGCUUUGGACCCAGAGAGAAACAGAUCAUAAAGAAACUCAAGACGAUCUUUAACAACUACAAACAGGUUCCUAGAUAUUCUAUCAGCCUACA